UUCUGAAUAGUAUUUUUCCGUGAUUACUUGAUUAAAAAUUAAAAUUUUCAAUGCAUUUAUGGCACCUAAUUUCAAAAUUUAAAAAAUUGAUUUUUUCUAUAAGUAUAAAACGAAAAGUAGCAAAUGCGGCAUCAUUAUUCUCAGAGUAAUUUUUUCUAUGAAAAUACGUAAUAAUAUACCAAUUGUUCCAUUUAAAAUAAAAAAGUUAGUGUCACUUCCUGUUAAACCGGUUUUGUCCGUCUGUCUUCCUUUAUCUAACCAGCAUAGUGCCGGCCAUAUGGCUUUUAGAACUGGACAAAGUGGACAAACGUAUGAAGGCAAGAGAAGAACUGGAUAUACCCAUGAAUUUUACUGCUAAUACUCAACUGAAAGAUCUUCACAAUCUUAUUGGGGUGGGGAUAAAACUACCGGACAUAUCCUUAAGUACCGAGACGUGGAUCACGUUGAUCGAACAAUUUUUAAUGUUGAUCCUGAUCAUCGGCAGAUGGAUGUUGCCAAAAGGUGAUCUGACACGGGAUCAACUGAGUCAAUUAUUGCUAGUUUACAUUGGAACUGCGGCGGAUAUUAUCGAAUUUUUUGACUCGUUCAAAGAUGACAAAAUAGCCGCCGAGCCUAUUUUGGUACUGCUGACCUUGGCCAUCUGGUCCUGGAGUCUUAUGCAAUUCACAGUAGUUCUAACGGCCACAAAAUCCAGAAAAUCCAGACUCACUUCUACAAGAGCAACCAUCAACAAGUCAGAGAGUUGUUGCACAAUCGACGUAUGGGGCAUAGCUCUAAACAUCACCCUCCAAGAUGCUCCUUUUCUGGUUUUUCGUCUGUUACUCAUCACUCAUUUCAAGAUCAUCUCUUAUAUGAACGUGUUUUUCACUUGUAAGAACACACUGGUUAUAUUGCUGCAGCUCUACAGGCUGUACGUGGUCUACAGUGAGCACACGAAGAAAAAGACCGACAACGUACAGCUUACUAGCAUAUCGAUUAUAUCAAAAGGGGACGCUUUUGGGGGGAAAAAGGAUAGAAAACGCAGAGGGAAAGGCAGGAAAGAGGAGGCAAAAUCAGAGGAGGAGGAAGAGGGUGAGAGCGGAAGGGAGACGACUAGACAUAAGAAAAAAAAUAAGAGCAUGCGCAAAGACACCGGCUACUCGACGGGUAGUUCCCACGCAAGCGCAAAACUACCGAAAAAACCGAGAAAAGGCAGCCCGACCCAGUCGCCGGAUUUCCGUAAGUCGCGUCGCGAGAAACAAAAGCUGAAACGGACCGAUAAGGACACCAGAGGGCGCAGGCGCAACGAGGACGCCUUCUCCGAAGAAAGUGACGAGUACAAACCGAAGAAAUCCGAGAAAUUCCGCAGGGAGGUGACUAGAUCGGCCAGUUCGAGUGACCCAUCGACCGAAUGACGUCACCAGUUGGCCAUUAUGGCUGUG